AUGUGGCUCAAACCCGAAGAGGUGCUUCUCAAAAACGCGCUGAAAUUAUGGGUGACGGAGAAAUCCAACGAUUACUUCGUGCUGCAGCGCAGACGCGGAUACGGAGAGGACAGCGGCGGAUUGACAGCAGAGGAGGGCACAUCAGCCAGUGACGAAGAGGAUCCCGAACGCUUACGGGAGGCAGUGCUGCGCUUUGAACGUCUGUUCGGUUUGCCUCAGAGAGAGAAGCUUGUGACUUAUUUCUCUUGCAGCUACUGGAGAGGACGAGUGCCAAAUCAGGGCUGGAUCUACCUCAGCACCAACUUCCUGUGUUUCUACUCCUAUAUGCUGGGAAAUGAGGUGAAACUGGUGUAUCCCUGGGAUGAGGUGAGCCGUCUGGAACGUACGUCGAGUGUGUUGUUGGCAGAGAGCAUCCGUGUGUGUGUGCGUGGAGAGGAUCAUUUCUUCUCAAUGCUCCUGAGGCUCCAGCAGACAUACCUGAUCAUGCAGCAGCUGGCCGACUACGCCAUUGUGCGGUUCUUCAACAAAGAAACAUUUAAUGCUGAGCAUCCACUGGCCAACCCCCUUCACGUCACACAGAGGGCUCUGGAAAUACAUGCACGGAAUCAGUCAUUUCGAGCAUUUUUCCGGUUGCCGCAGGAGGAGAACCUUUGUGAAGUGUAUGAGAGUUUCCUCUGGGUUCCAUUCAGCCAUGUCAAUACGCUUGGGAAAAUCUGUGUCUCUGAGAACUAUCUGUGCUUUGCAAGCCAGGAUGGUUCUCAGUGCCAUCUCAUUAUCCCUCUAUGGGAGGUGUUUAGUGUGGAGCUGCCAGACCGCAGUAGUCGUGCUCUUACUGUGUGUCUUCGUGGCAAGAGAGCUUUGCGUUUUUCUGAGGUUCGGGAUUUUGAGCGACUUGCUGCCACCAUCCGCAGAAAGUGUAGGACAGCAGGAAGCCCCCAGCAUUUCAUCAGUAAUCCGGAUGAGGAGGGUGUUAUGGUGGGGCAAAGUCAAGCCGUCAGCACUGAAGCUCUUAUGAACGUCUUUCAUCCGCAUGAUGCAGAAAACCUUGACCCCAAAAUGCUGAAGGAGCGAAUGAAGGAGCAGUCGUGGCAGAUCCAUUUUGCUGAAUAUGGCCGUGGAACUGGAAUGUUUUGCACCAAAAAAACACGUGACCUCAUUGUACGAGGAGUUCCAGAGACUCUCAGAGGAGAACUGUGGAUGCUCUUCUCAGGUGCAGUACAUGACAUGACCUCUCAUCCCGGGUACUAUGGGCGGCUACUGGAGGAGUGUAUGGGCAGCAGCUCGCUUGCGUGUGAUGAGAUUGAGAGAGAUCUGCAUCGCUCCCUCCCAGAACACCCAGCAUUCCAGAGCGACACAGGAAUCUCAGCUCUUCGGCGUGUCUUGACUGCCUACGCUCAUCGCAACCCCAAAAUCGGCUACUGCCAGGCAAUGAAUAUCCUGACGUCUGUGUUGCUGCUGUAUGCUAAAGAGGAAGAGGCAUUCUGGCUGCUGGUCGCUGUGUGUGAACGAAUGCUACCAGACUACUUCAACCGCAGAAUUAUUGGAGCCCUGGUGGACCAGGCUGUGUUCGAGGAACUUAUCCGUGAGCAUCUAACCCAGCUGACCGAACACAUGACAGACUUGUCGUUCUUCUCGUCAGUGUCGUUGUCAUGGUUCCUGACUCUCUUCAUCAGUGUAUUGCCAAUAGAGAGCGCUGUGAAUGUUGUCGACUGCUUCUUUUAUGAUGGAAUCAAAGCCAUCCUGCAACUUGGCCUUGCUGUCCUCGAUUAUAAUAUAGACAAUCUGCUUUGUUGCCAUGACGACGCAGAAGCUGUCACAGUCCUCAACAGGUUUUUUGACAGUGUCACAAAUAAAGACAGUCCCCUGCCAGUUACCGUACAGCAGGCUUCUGCAACAGCCAAUGACAAAUCAGUACAAAAGGUUGACAUCAGCAAUCUCAUCAAAGAAGCAUAUGAGAAAUAUGGAGACAUUCGAACAGAGGAAGUGGAAAACAUGCGGAAGAGGAACAAACUUUAUGUCAUUCAGACACUAGAAGACACGACAAAACAAAAUGUAUUGCGUGUUGUUGCUCAAGAUGUGAAGUUCAGUGCUGCUCAGCUAGACGAGCUCUACAUGCUUUUUAAAAGGCAACACUUUGUGAGCUGUUACUGGUCAGUGUGUAGUCCUGCCCUGCAGAACCAUGACCCCAGCCUGCCAUAUCUUGACCAGUACCAGCUGGAUCAGUCCCAGUUUAGUAGCCUGUUUAACCUCCUACAGCCAUGGACCACACACACGCACGCACGCUCACUGGCACGAUCAGCCUUCCGGCUUCUGGACGAGAACGGAGACGGACUUUUGAACUUCAAAGAUUUCAUAUGUGGUCUGGAUAUCCUAUACAACAAAUCAUUCACAGAAAAAUUAACAUUUCUCUUCAAAUUGCACCUUCAACCAGGGACCCAGGAGUAUUCUGCAGAGGAUGGAGUGAUCAGAAAAUGUCCAGAGAGAGGUCGUGCUAAAGUAGAUCUGCAGGAAUAUCUGAAACAGUGGCAGGAAGACUUGCUGCGGAGAGAGGAGAAUAUUAAAGAUCUGCCCAGAAUUAAUCAGGUGCAGUUUAUUGGUUUGACAAAGACCCUGUACGGAGUGUUCCACGGUGAUGAGGAGGAGGAGAGUCUGUACCGUGCUGUGGCACGAGUGACCAGUCUUCUGUUGCGCAUGGAGGAGGUGGGGCGGAAGCUACAGGAGAGCAGCCUGCAGAAAACGCCCCAAAGUACACCCACCAGCACGGCUCAGCCGGAGACCGAAACCCUCGCUGAGGGGGAAGGCGACCAACCUGAGUCUCCGGUCAGUCAACAAGAAACUGCCCCGUCCCACUCUGACAUUACCCCGACCUCAACCUCACGCCCUUCUACGCCUACCAGCAGUCCCACCGGAACCAGCAGCCCCGUGUUGGACACGCCAACAGACACCCCCAGCUCACCCUCUAAGGUCAGAGACGGGGACUGGAGUUUCUCCUUCGAGCAGAUUCUUGCGUCUCUCUUGAAUGAACUGUCUGUCGUUCGCUUCUUUGAACGGGCCAUUGACACGGAUUCUCUGAUUGCACAUGCACGUAAAAACCAACUUAAAGACGCACACUAACACACUAUAUCAGAGCAAUCACAGCAAAACACUGCCCUAAAAGCCAUAAACCCUCUCCCUUCCUCUUUCUCUCUUUCUGUGUGACUUGUACAGGUCAGUGUUUGUGAAACACUUACGUCCGUUACAGAUGAGGAAAUCCUUUUAUUUAUAUACAGACACACAUAUACAGGACAAGUACAAAUCAAAGGGACAAAAAAAAAAAAAAAAAAAAAUUGAGGGAUAAAAUGAUUCAGAUUGCAUAGUAUGAAGUAAAACAGGUAUGAGGUGUUUUGAUGUAAUGUAAAAGAUUAGUGUUAAUUGUUAUUUGUGUAACAUAAAUGAUUGGAGUGAGAUAUUGUGAUAUAAUGUAGAUGAAGGUAUUGGAGGUAAUACAGAUGACUAAAUGAGGUGUUAUAAAUAAUAGUAUAAAUGGCACGUGUGAUUUGGGAUGAUGGCAUUAAAAGGCUUUGCCUGCUUUAUCCAAUGAGCAAUCUCAAAACAUUCCUCCAGCUCAUAAGAACAUGCACUACAUCUGUCAUUCCCAGCCUGACCUAACACACGUAAGCACAUGUAGAACCACAAAAGGAAGGAUGAUUCUAAGGGAAAUCAAAAUGCUAUGCUGUUGAACUGCUAAUGGAUGAAAAAAUAUAUAUUGCUUGAGAAUUCAUUCAACACAUAGGUCGCCUUACAUUACUUUCCUUGCACAAAUGAUCUAUGAAAUGAAAAUGUUGUUCUUUAUUUAGAGGCUCAAUUAGGAAUGCCCAAAAUGGUUAUGCUAAUCAGCAGACAGAGUUGUCUACAUCAUAUCAUAUUCCUCUGCACUGAAGGUCUGUAUUAGGAUUCCAGAUUAUAGUUAUGUAAUUGUGAUUCACUGAAUGUGUUUGUGUCUACAAACCGAAAUCUGUGGUUUUUGCCUUAUUAGUUUUUGAUCCAGGACUUCAGUAUGAAUAUCACAAGUGCUUCCAUUUAACGAAACCUAUUUCAUCUUUAAACAAUUAUCACAGUCAUUUUGGAGAUGAGUUUCAAAAUAUAUUUGAGUUUUGUCAUAAAACGAUAAGUAUAUUUUCUGCUAUUAUUUUACAGAUUAAAAAAUAUCAUACAGAACAUACUGAAAUGCUGUAGCAAGAAAAUAUUUAGAACUAUUGCGCUGUAAAUUAUAUGCAAAUUGAAUAAGUCAUUUGUGUCAGUUCAUGUAGUCAAAGCUGUAAGAAACAUUAAGUGAUAAAUCACUUCACCUGUCAUAAGAGAUGUUGUAUGAUGCUUAAAAUGGACCAAUGAAUAUGCAGAAUUUUGAAAUUUGUGUAAAUGUUGAGAGCUUGUGGUGACUAAUGCAAGAAAGGGAAGUUGGUAUUUUGUGGUUAUUCUGUUCGAAGUUGCGUCAGGUCAACACCAGCUAAACAAAGUUUUUCGUUCUGUGUGUAAUAAAGUAAUCUUAUUCUAAAGCUAAAAGGCACCUCAGAAUAGGAAGCCAUAGUGCGUGUUUUCCAUUCGAAUUUAUUCAUCUAAGGAAGUUGUUUUGGUUUUGCUUUUUUGCACACUAACCACCAAAGUCCAUAGAAAAACUGCUUGGCAUCUGGCAGGAGUUGCAUUGAAAGAUAAAUUAUUAGUGUUUCAUCUCAGAGUCCUUCUCUUGCUGUUCUUGCUGAACAUUUGAUGUCUGCUUCAUGUAGGCUACUUCAGGGUAAUAGUGUGGUCAUUUUGAUUUUUAGUU